AUGGGAGAGACGUUUCUAGUUGAAGAUGAGUUACAGACUACUGUCUCACUUAAUCCAAAAUGCAAAGAAAGUGAAAAAUUUGCUUACCAGUGUCCUUCAGGAUACUGUUUUAUAACGUCUGCUGCCAGUUCAGGGUCAACAGGACUUCAUCCGGUAAAAGAGAGUAAAACUCAAAAAAAUUACUCUUCUUGUGGUGAUACCUCAGAGUGGUGUUCAUCUACUUGCAGUUCCUAUGGCAAUAGUCAUGCUUUUACACCUGUCGCAAACUGUUCUCUCGCAAGAGCAUCAAAUACUUUGCUCAUAAAUCCCGAAAAAAUAACCUCUGAAAGACAAAUUCCUUUCGAGCACAAGCACUUAUUUUCCUUGUUGUCUACAAAGCAGAGUCCUUCAAAGAUGCCCCAGAAAUACAAAGAUGCAUUUGAAAAGCUCUACUACAAGCUGUGUCCCCAAGAAAUCCAAAAGCCUUUGACAUUGACAAGAUCUCUUGCAAAUUCACAGAACCUUGAAGAUAAAGGAAGAUUAGUGAAGAGUAAUUUAAGUCAUUCUGUGAGGUCCCAUACACCGUGUGAUAGAGAAUUUGACAGGAUCUAUGAGCAAUUGUGUCGUGGGGGUGUUCCAAAACUUCCUGGGUUUCAGAGAGCUUCAAAUUUAAAGAAGUAUGAAGGAAUACAGAUGUCUGAAACUGUAAAUGCUCUGGUUAACUCGCCUGUUCAAACUUUAUCUGCAUCUCCCAGAGUUAAAAGACUGGGGAAUUUCCAAAACAAUCCUCUUUGUUCGCCAGUAAAGCGACUGAGAGGUAUACCGGAACGUUAUCUAUCUUCAACAAAAUGUGAACAGAUUGCUCACAGAAGAAACGCUGAACUUCAGACCGACGGCAUGAGGUUUUUGAACCCAUACAUUGUCAGUAACCCCAGCAUUUUUGAGAGUCACAACUGCCAGAGUGAGGGCUCUGGAUUUCAUGCUGUGUCAGAUAAAACUUUUCUUGGUGUUCCUGGUACUUCCUUGCAAGAAUCUGAGAUUGCAGGUACCAACUCUGGUUGGCCUAGUGCAGUGAAGAAUUACAGCAGUCCCAGAAAUGCACAGUACUGUCGCAAAAGCUGUACUGCACCAGAUGAGACACUUCAAAAAGAAAAAAAAGCCUUGCCCAGUCCAGCUUGCUGCGGCGGCGGAGGUGCGGGUGCCAAUGGGGCUCCAGCGCUCACUGACCUGUUUUGUGAGGGAGACCCAGAAGUGCCUCCACCUGGCUGGGCAGAAUCUCCUGUGACCUCUGGUGUGAAUACAUCUGAUACAGGUCUGCAUUUAGCUUCACCAGUGCAAGAACUGAUUGGCAACCAAGCUGCUGUUUGCAGAAGGAAAGUAGAAUUGUCAAAUGAAUGUUCUUCAUCCAGACCUCCACAGUUAGGAUUUUCUGAUGUUCCCAUAUCAACAAAGACAAUCACCAUACCCAGGCAUCAGACUUCCCCAGAACUGAGUAAAACUUGGUGUGAUAGUAUCUUGGAAGAAUACCAGUCUGCAGAUGAGGAAUGCUCCUGGAGCAAUGUAACUCUUGCAGACUUGUAUCCAGGGAUGUUAGAGUUACUUACAAGGCUCAUGACAAAGCAGACUCGGAGAAAAGAGUCAAAAUACAUGUUUGGACAAUUAAGGCACAGAAGACACCCUUCUGGAAGACCAAAGCUCAGUGUCACCUUAGUCAAAAUAAGAGGGUUCAGACCUCCUAAACUGAAGCGAGCACAGCCUAGCAUAUGCAGCAGUAGACAUGAAGACAUCCAGAAUCAAAAUUUCGGUAAUGAGAAUAGAGAACUUUGUGAUGACAAGAGGUCCAUUAAUAAUUUGUCUGGUGUGGUACCUUAUUCUUACAUUGAUACAAAUGAAAUCAAAAUGGACUGCUCUGACUCAAGUUUAGUACCUAGAAAAGGCCCAAAAUUCUCCAAACAGACUGUUUUUCCUGAUGUUAUAACUACAAUGGGAGAGACGUUUCUAGUUGAAGAUGAGUUACAGACUACUGUCUCACUUAAUCCAAAAUGCAAAGAAAGUGAAAAAUUUGCUUACCAGUGUCCUUCAGGAUACUGUUUUAUAACGUCUGCUGCCAGUUCAGGGUCAACAGGACUUCAUCCGGUAAAAGAGAGUAAAACUCAAAAAAAUUACUCUUCUUGUGGUGAUACCUCAGAGUGGUGUUCAUCUACUUGCAGUUCCUAUGGCAAUAGUCAUGCUUUUACACCUGUCGCAAACUGUUCUCUCGCAAGAGCAUCAAAUACUUUGCUCAUAAAUCCCGAAAAAAUAACCUCUGAAAGACAAAUUCCUUUCGAGCACAAGCACUUAUUUUCCUUGUUGUCUACAAAGCAGAGUCCUUCAAAGAUGCCCCAGAAAUACAAAGAUGCAUUUGAAAAGCUCUACUACAAGCUGUGUCCCCAAGAAAUCCAAAAGCCUUUGACAUUGACAAGAUCUCUUGCAAAUUCACAGAACCUUGAAGAUAAAGGAAGAUUAGUGAAGAGUAAUUUAAGUCAUUCUGUGAGGUCCCAUACACCGUGUGACAGAGAAUUUGACAGGAUCUAUGAGCAAUUGUGUCGUGGGGGUGUUCCAAAACUUCCUGGGUUUCAGAGAGCUUCAAAUUUAAAGAAGUAUGAAGGAAUACAGAUGUCUGAAACUGUAAAUGCUCUGGUUAACUCGCCUGUUCAAACUUUAUCUGCAUCUCCCAGAGUUAAAAGACUGGGGAAUUUCCAAAACGAUCCUCUUUGUUCACCAGUAAAGCGACUGAGAGGUAUACCGGAACGUUAUCUUUCUUCAACAAAAUGUGAACAGAUUGCUCACAGAAGAAACGCUGAACUUCAGACCGACGGCAUGAGGUUUUUGAACCCAUACAUUGUCAGUAACCCCAGCAUUUUUGAGAGUCACAACUGCCAGAGUGAGGGCUCUGGAUUUCAUGCUGUGUCAGAUAAAACUUUUCUUGGUGUUCCUGGUACUUCCUUGCAAGGUUAGUUUCAGAGACUUUAUGAAUUACUGCUUUAGCAAUCACAAGCACUUCUUCAAGGGUAGAUCUACAAAUCUCAAUAGACCGCUGUCUAGGUGACAGCUCUUCUUCCUCAGUAACAGUUGGGUAUGUUCAAGUGUUCCUUUAAGGAAUCUAUACAGAAAAGGGUUUUCUGAAUCACAUGUAAACAGCAAUUUAAGAAGCUUUUCUUUAGGUUAACUGGGACUUUUCCUACUAAAGUGUUGCUUAUACCCAUUGGUUUUCUCCCUUCCUUUUUUCUAUUUUAUUUAAAAUUUGCUGUUGCUUUUACUUUACAUAUCUACCUGUUCAGCAGGAAAUGCAUACUUUAUUAAUCCUACACUUGAGUAACCACAUGCUUUUGUUUGGAUUCUUCAUCUUUACAAAAACUUGCAAUUGAGUUGUUGCAUGCUACUGUCA